CACAGUCGUGUUUAACGGUACUCUGCUCUAAGCAGAGACUAUGUUAAGACUGCCUGUGUUGUUUAAUGUUGUACGCAGGGUUUUCUGUGACGCCGCAGAAGAAAUGGGCAAGAAAGGAAACUUUUUCUACGCUGUAAGGGCGGGAUUUAGACCGGGAGUAUACCAAACAUGGGAGGAAUGCAAACACCAGGUGGAUAAGUUUCCCUCCGCGAUUUUUAAGAAGUUCGCUUCUGAACAGGACGCUUGGGCCUUUGUGAGGAGCCAGUCAGCUGCGUCGUCGUUUGGAGAACAAAAAGGUCAUUUAAAAGCUUUUUUUAGGAUGGCAGAUGUACCAUAUACCUCCCUUAUAAACAUCCAGCAUGUUAGGGAUCAUCAGGUUUUUCCAGGCGUGUAUGAGGUCCUGCCUUCUAGAAAUGUGCCUGAUGCCUCAAUGGCUGUUCCUCUUGGAAAUAAAAGGACAUAUGAGGACUGUGAUGAUGGUGAUAAUGAGGGACCUUCUUAUCCAAAGCGAGUGAAACUUAUUGAGGUCCCACAGCCAAAGACAGCUGCAGCCGCAGCCAGUAGUGAUGGAUUUACAUAUAUGGGUGAUGCUGUAGUAGUAUACACUGAUGGCUGCUGCUCAGCCAAUGGGAAAGUAGGAGCACGUGCAGGAAUCGGUGUAUAUUGGGGCCGUGAUCAUCCACUUAAUGUGGCUGAGAGGCUUUCAGGAAGACAGACCAACCAAAGAGCAGAACUGCAGGCUGCUUGCAAGGCACUCGAGCAAGCCAGUGAAAAGAAUAUUAAAAAGGUUGUGCUAUACACAGACAGCAAGUUUACCAUUAAUGGCAUUACAAGUUGGGUUAAGACUUGGAAGUCUAAUGGCUGGAGGCUUAAAGGUGGUGGGGCCAUUGUCAACAAGGAUGACUUCCAAAAGUUGGAUGAACUAAAUGCAAAACUUGAUGUUGUAUGGAUGCACAUUCCAGGUCAUGCUGGCUUUACAGGCAAUGAGGAAGCAGACAGGCUGUCCAGAGAGGGAGCAGCAAAGCCCUUGUGUUAGUCCACGGUUGUCACAUUAAUUUUAUAAUGCUACAUUUUGUUUUAGGUGUGUAGGAUGAUGUUGUAGUUUGUUUACACUCAAUGUGCUUUUAUUUAUUUUUUUUUGCUUUUUUUGGCUAGUGUUGUAAUGUUCCAAACAACACUCGAAACAAGAUUUCUUCUUUUCUGAAGAGCAGUGCUUAUCUAAAAUGUUUUUUUGAUUGUUCUGUCAAUUAAAUUGUCAUAUAUAUUGUUCCUGA